CAGAGUGCUGCUCAUCGCGCUAAGAUCCGUUUUUCAUCCUCUUUCGUUUUUCUUUCCAUCUCUUCUCUCAUCGUUGAGUUCUGGUUGCAUCAACAAUGGCGGAUGGAACCAGCUCACCCACUACAGAACAAAGAUCUGAAUCAUCUGAUAAAUCCAAAGCGAGAAUGACCUCAUACGAGGAUCCUUAUCUCAAUCCUUAUUAUUUACCACCUCAGGAUGGUGCGCUACACACCAUCAUCUCCAUCAAGCUCGUUGAUGGAAACUAUCACACCUGGAGUGCAGUCAUGUUGCUGGCCUUGGAGACCAAGAACAAAACCCAAUUCAUCGAUGGGCGUAUUCCAGUUCCUCAGGUAACAAAUCCUCACUAUCAGUCCUGGGCUCGUUGCAAUGGCACUAUUCGUUGCUGGAUUUACAACUCUUUGUCAGAUGACAUAGCAAAUAGUGUCAUGAGGCUAGGGUUAGCAAAGGAUGUCUGGGAUACCUUGAAAAAUCGAUUUAGUCAAGAAGAUAACAUCAGGGUUUAUGAUCUCAAGGGUCAAAUGGCAAAGUGUGUUCAGGGUGAUCAGUCUGUGAGCCAAUAUUUCACUGAUAUCAUAGUGUUGUGGGAAGAGUAUAAGAGAUACAGACCCAUACCUGUUUGUCCUUGUAAUCCUGGUCCAUAUGAAACAAUGAAGAGAUAUGAGGAUAAUGAUUUUGAAGUUCCUCCAAGGACUAAACCCUGUAUACCAGUCAACAAGGACACAGGUCUAGAUGAUGCCCACUCUACCUCAUAUUGAUGUAGUAUUCAAGCAGAUCUUGUAGCUUGAGAGACAGUUGAAGGUCAUGAACAGAAGUUCAAAUGUUGAAACCCUUGCUCUUGCAGUUGGUGUCUCCAGUGGCAAUCAAUAUAGGAGUAAGGGCAACAACAGCAAGAUGGUAAGAAGGUUUGUUCCUAUUGCAAGAAGGAGGGACAUCUUAUCAAGGAUUGUUUUAAGUUAAAGAACAAGAAGGCAAGGGAAGCUUCAGAAGGUGCAUUUGCUGGUUCAUUGGAAAGCUCACUUGGAAUGGAGAGCUCUGCUGGUUCCAAUGAUAGCAAAGGGCAGUCUGGACUGGAGAACAUUUUUACACAGGAUCAGAUGGAAAGGCUCAAACAGCUGCUGAUUAAGUCACCCUCUCCAUCUCCAUCACCUCCAAGUUCUCCAUCUGUCCAUGCUGCAAAUGCAGUCACCAGAGUGGUGCCUUCCCAUCGACCACCUAUUUCACCCUAUUUGCCUUCAAGUUCAGGUACUACUGUACUCUCAUCCUUGAUAGCUUCUUCUGGAGAACCCUUGUGGGUAUUAAAUACUGGAGCUACAGAUCAUAUCAUUUGUAGUUCCAAGUAUUAUACUAAGUACAAAACAGUAGAUGAAUUUUUUGUUACAUUGCCAACUGGUGAACAGGUAAAGGCCACACACAUAGGCUUUGUUCAACUUCCUGGUGGCUUGUUUCUUUCACAAGUCCUUUUUGUUCCAAUGUUUAGCUACAACCUCAUCUCUGUCAGUAAGCUGACUAAACAAAACUCUGUCUCACUUACCUUUCAAUCCUCUUUCUGUGUUAUUUAGGACCUUAUCGCACAGAAGAGGAUUGGUUUAGCCCAAGUGGAUAGAGGACUCUACCUUUUCACCAAGACACCAAGCUCCAACUCCCCUAUCCAGUGUCUUGCAGCCACCACUCACAAUUUCCAGUCACAGCCUUUUGAUCUCUGGCAUGCCAGAUUAGGCCACCCUCAUGUUUCUAGAAUUCAAGCUAUUAGCAAACAAUUUCCAGACGUAAUAGCUUCUAAACAUAUUCACUGUGAUGUAUGUCACUUAGCCAAACAGAAAAGGCUCCCAUUUCCUUCCAGUGAUUCUAUCAAUCUUGUUCCCUUUGGUUUGAUUCAUGUAGACAUCUGGGGGCCAUUGAAUACAGUUUCUUACAAUGGCUUUUGUUAUUUUUUAACUAUUGUUGAUGAUCACUCUAGAUGUGUGUGGACCUUUCUUAUGAAGUACAAAGAUGAGGCUAGACCUCUUUUGCAAUCCUUCUGCUCUAUGGUUAAGAAUCAGUUUGAUAAAUCUGUGCAAAUUAU